AUGUUGAGCGUGGUUAACAGCAAGCUAUAUGCCGUAGCCGCGAACGGAGCCGCCGCAGCCGGAGGAGGACUGCGGACAGAAGCUGAGAACUUUUGGAGACUUCUCGAGCUGCCUAGCGAGCAGCUGGUAGACGGGCACUCCGUUAGAGGGGACAUCACCGUACCCGAACUGCGCGAAGAGAUGGUGACGUCACGCUGCUCUCAACUAAUGGACCUGGCGGUGUGCAAGUCGUCUAGGGUUAGAGCGGACAUACAGGGAGAUGUAAGUGUGCUUGACCCCUCUGUGCUGGAAAAAUUUGUCCAGGAGGUCGCACGACUAGAACCUGUCAACGUCGGAGAUAUGUUGAUAGUGAUAGCGAGCUCAGACGACAGGACAAAAGACAGCCGCCACAUAGAGGACCAGUGUGGUAGAAGGUGGUCUUACCUUGGAGAUCCGGCUAUAUCGAUUACAGGAUAUGUUCCGGGCGAGGAGGUUUUCUGGGUUAACCGGGUUGACCUGAUCUUUCCCAAGGGUGAAGUUACAUACAGAGCCAACGGAAGGAGGGGAAGGCUGGCAGAAAGGCUAGUAAGCAGCAUUAAGCGGGCAUUAGCUAAUGCUGCGGACCCUAAUUCCUACAGCGAGGAGAGAGUGUAUUGGGGAAACUUUUUUGAAUUCCUGGAGAUGGUGUCACUACUUAAAGGAAUAUGUGAAGCAGUGGGCAGCACCGGAAAGCUCGAAAUCACUGCGUACAGUGGAGAAGAAGUAGCCCUCAAGGUCUCGGUUGCGCACGGUUCAGCGACGGUCACUUCUGAAAUGGGGCGACGCGGAUACAUCGAGGACAUGACUAGUGCUGUUAGAGAGCUGGUCCUGGAUAGGAGACCUGCGCGACCUAGCCACCCGUGGCGACAAGGAACUGCACACACGAACAUCAGCAGACUGGUACGGUUCGGACAGGUGGGAUACAACGCUUGCCGGCUGAAGCUCUACUUGUUAACCGCGAGACAAAUCCGGGAGUGUGGCGGCUUCGAGGUGGAAGACCUAACACAUUCACGAGUGAUCAACGAACUCCUAUGGGAUUCCCCGCUUGAUGACGAACAGCGCCAGGUGGCCGCGGCAUUGGCAGAAUUAGACGGAGACUUCUCUAUUAGUCGAGACCGCAACGGAGUGGUGUCACUAAUGGGCCUUGACGUCCAAGAGGACGAAUUCAGAGAGGCUUGUACUGGGGAGUACGACAUUGACGAGAAGGGUGUGGCCUCAACGAUGAUCUUGAGUCGGGGGGAGGAGGUACGCUGGAACGGAGUCAAGCUGAAGCCAGGACACGGGAAGAAGGUCGGACAUUGCACGACCCGCUUAACAUACUGGCGGGGAUUGAGCAGGUUAGUCCUGAAUUGUGAAGGGGGUAAGCUUUAUAGCUCAAGAGGCUUCACCCCAUCAGACCUGACACGGCUCGUGACUAAGAUCAGGGAGGUAGAGGUCAUGAGCGGGAAAAUCGUUUGGCAGGACGCGACAGACCGAGAGGGGCCAAUGGAACUUAAUAACUCCAUGUUCAACUUAUUGCUGAGCGGCGCCGGAGGCAAGAACGUAGGCUUUUGGCUCUUGGGGCUAAUCAGAUCGGGUGAUAUUUGUAUGAAGAGUGGGGUUACGCAAGCUUGCUACGUGAAGAACCACCAAUCAUCACCGAACAGCAGGUACGUAGCUACGGCGGCACUCGACGGCAACGUAUUUCGAAUGUUACACACUUACACCGACGGCCGGGACUUGUGGGUUGACUUCGAGGACAAUAACAACCUCGAGAAAGUGACUGUGACAGACGGGGAUUUGCCGCACGUUCAAGAGGAAACGGGGAAACCGAGAGGACUAAAAGAGUGCCAGGUAGCCGGAACGGUUAGACUCCUGGACAAUUGGCUGAGCCAGUGCAACGGGACUCUGUACCCCACUAGCUAG